UCCUCAUUCUGUGUCUCUCUCCGUUCGCAGCGGUCUGGAUGCCUGCAGGGACAGAAACAGAAACAUGGCUGUGAAUCUCGGGAAGAACAGACUGGCCCUGCUGACCGCCUACCAGGACGUCAUUGACGAGACCUCGGACACCGACUGGGCCUUGUACACAUAUGAGGGCGACAGUAAUGACUUGUCACUGGCAGCAUCAGGAGGUGGGGGUCUGGCGGAAAUCACAGUGACCUUCGACAAUGCCAUGGUGAUGUACGGUUUCUGCAGCCUGAAGGAUCCCAGCGCCGCUCUGCCGCGCUACAUCCUCAUCAACUGGGUUGGGGAAGAUGUGCCAGAUGCCAGGAAGUGCGCCUGUGCCAGCCAUGUUGCCACCAUCGCAGACUUCUUCCAGGGAGUCGAUGUCAUUGUCAACGCCAGCAGCCUGGACGACAUCGACCCCUCCGCCAUCGGGCAGCGGCUGACCAAUGGGACGGCGGCGAUAGUGGCAAGUCCCGUUCUGAGCCGCCUGCGAACCCGAGAGGAUGAGAACGGAGAACACGUGGGCACUGUGUACGAGAAGACCAACGCAGAGGUGGAGAUGAAGAAAAUCAACAGAGAGGAAUUCUGGGAACAGGCCAAGCGUGAGGAGGAGCUGAGGAAGGAGGAAGAGCGGAGGAAGGUGGCAGAGGAGCGGCAGCGUUUCGAGGAGGAGCGGAUGGAGCUGGAGAGGAAGGAGCAGGAGGACCGAGAGAGGAGAUACCGCGAGAGAGAGCGUCAGAUCGAGGAGCACAGGAAGAAAAUGCAGGAGGAGGAAGAGGCCAGAGAGAGGUUGCGGAACCAGCCCACUCUUGCAGCAGAGCCGAGCGGUGAGGACGCCAACCUGGACAAGAAGGAGUCUGAAGUGGAGGAGGCAAAGGCCAUCAUCGCCCAGCGGUCAGGAAACCCUCGGGAGUUCUUCAGGCAGAAGGAGCGAGCUUUGACCAUCAGCGUUGACACCUCGCCCGUCUCCAUCCACAGGGCCGGCCGUUUGGACAGCCCUUUCUUGAGGCAGCAGCACAGUCCCAGCGGCCCCAGUCCGAACCCCCCACUCCGGGGCGCGUCGCCCCUCCGCACCCCACCUCACGCACGGACGCAGCCCGCUGCUGCAGCCGGGGACGACAACGAUGAAGGGAGCACAGAAUACAACAUGGCCGCUGUGUCGCCCAUCCCUAAAAUAGUCACUACGGCCAUCAGUGAGGAUGUCAGCAAGGAAGAGGAAAACUUCAGAAAUGAGUGGGAUUCAGUGCCAAAGCAGGAGCAGAAGUCCCCAGUCCAGGAGUCGACUCCCACCAAGCCGGUGCAGAGCGUCGCCCCGCAGGCUCGCAACUCAGCCAACUUCUCUGUGUGGGAGUCCGGGACAGACAGCCUGGUUGAGCUAUGGGACAGCGGCCCUGCCCCUGCCACUGCCCCCUCCCAGUCCUCCCACUUGGUAGACUUGAUGAGUGACAGCACUGAUGCCCAACUGGCCGACGUGGCGCCAACCACCGCUGCCAGCAGCAGCAGCGGCGGCGGCCGGCCCCAGCCGCUCCUCAGCUUCGAUGAGAUGAUGGAUGGGACGUUCUGCUCAGGCACAGGCACAGGCGCUGACGACGACCCCUCCAGUCUGGUGGAUGUGGCAGGCUCUGACCAGAUGACCCUCAGCUACCAGCAUGCACUGCAGCACGCAUCAGGGGAGGGGCAGGAGCUGGAUGACGGACAGCUGCUGAUGACCAAUGGGGAGACGCUGCUGAAAGAAGGGACUCAGGCUAGUGAAGGCUAUUUCAGCCAAUCACAGGAAGAGGAAUUUGGCCAAUCCGAUGAGUGCUCAGCUAAACCUAUGCCGGCCUUUUAUAACAAGCCACCAGAGAUUGACAUUACGUGCUGGGACACGGACCCCGUGGUUGACGAGGAUGACGACUAACCGGCCAAUCAGAAACCACCACCGGACCAAGAGGAAGUAGAAAGUGCACAUCACCAAGAAUCAGAUUUUUUUUUUUUUUUCUAAAAAACAAAACACAAACAAAAAAAGUUAUAGCAAGUCUUGCAUCAAAACAACUUCUGUAUAAUCUCCUAAAGGAAAAACAAAGUUAGCCACCUAAAAAGGGUUUGAGUUAUCGUUAAAGAUGCUAAUGGGUUGGAAAGCUUGUUUUACGAGGGUUUUUUCUUCUGUGUGUUUGUUACUUUAUUUAUUUGGUUUUUCUUCUUUUUUUUUUUUUUUGCUAUGCAGAUGUAAUAGCUGGGAGCGGGGUACUUUUGUUUGUGUAUAUGAUUUAUUACACAGCAAAGUAGCGCACAGCUUUAUAUUAGAGACAAUGAACCCUUGUGUACGGCAGGUAGCCUGCACACCUAGUCGAUAGUGCUUUAAUAACCCCAGUAUAAAACUGUAAUCACAAUGGAUCAAUACAGCUGCCAUAUAUAUAUAUAUCCUCUUUCUUUCCAUUUCUUUGACCUCUUUUCUACCUCCCUUAUUCCCUCUGCCUUUCUCCUACCCUUCCAGCAGCACUGCAAAAAAUAUUCAUCUUCACAAGUCGAUUGUUUAGUCUUAAGAUCUCACUCUUUAUUGAAAAAAAAGGAAAAAAAAGUGAAAAAAUUCACUUUUUCCAAUGCACCCCACCUCCUUUCAGGAAUUUUGUUUUGUUUGUUGGCAACCUGGUUGAAGACACCUCUUUUGAAGAACUGACAUGAUUCCAGAAAAUUCUUAAAAUAAGUUACCCCUUUUGACCUUUUUCACUCCUUUUUAUAAGAUUUUAAGACUGAAGUCAAGCUGAAAUGACUUGUAAAUAUGGAUGCUUUUCAGUGUACACUACCUUUUUUUUCUGCCUCCUUAAUGAAUGAACAGCAGCUUCUGCACCAGCCCUGCCCUGUGGUUCCCCAAAAUUAAUCUUUUUUGCUCCACUGACUUAUUAACACUAUCCAAAAAAAAAAAAAAAAAAAAAAAAAAUCUUCAAAAAAAAGUCUUUUUUGCAUUUGACUUCAAAAUGUGUUCUAGAUAAAUAUAGAUAUUUUUGAAGUACUAAUAGUGUUUUUUUAGGCAAACUUGGCAUUGAAUCUGGCUUUGGGAUGAGGUGACCACUGUGAGUUCCAAAGCCAGAUUUGGCCUGUGCAUACUAGAGAAAAAAAAAUUCUUUAUAUUAUUCCUAUUCCUCUGGAGAACUCUCACUCUGUCCAAGGCUACACAUGAGAAGUCAUCUUUGCCUCCAGGUCCUGAAAAUGGAAAAGAAAGAGUGGCAGUAAAAUCCACACACCGUCAUAUUCUGCAUAGUUUUAACGGGACAGCUGGGGGCCCGGUACCUGUUGGGAGGGGAGGGGGGGGCAGCAUGGUGAGAAGGAUGCCUUGCCUUGUCUAAUCCUGUCUAGAUUUUAAUGUUCAUGUCAUGGCGAUUAGGCCUUACUGUCCCACUGAUCUGCAGAGAGAGAGGGAAGGAGAUGCGAGGGCAUGGAUAGGCUGUGCAGGCAGAGAUGUGGGAUCAGGGUUUAGACAAACCUGGGUCACAAAGUACUCGCUAAUAUUUUCUUAGUAUUUUGUUUUAGUCUGCAUGCAGUCUGCAUGCAGUACCAAGAUGAAUUGGCUUUAUCGGAUUGAGACAGAUAGAUAGAUUGAGUGAGAACGUCAGGUAAGUUGUGAGUUUCACAUACAUUACUGUAGUGGUCUUAGACUUUUCCAUGUCAAGGAGCCCCGAAAUCCAUGCACACAGUAAACCCCAGAUGCCCAUUUGAGAGGAAGUUAUCCUAAGGAGAAAAUUGUUUGUUGUUUGGUUUGGAGGUAACAAAGGUUGGUGCAGCAAAACUAUGAUCAAAUUAGGAUCACGACCAAGAAUGAUCAAAUGGCCAUCUUGAGAACUCAUAAAAGUUAAUUUAAAAAACGAUUUCUCCUGUUGCUGGGGACACCCUGCUACCGUUUCAGAAUUCACCUGGAACUAAUUUAAGAUUGGCUCUGUCAAGCGGACUGCUGAACAUUUGAUGAGCACCAGGGUUUGAUUAGAGCGUUCUCACCUACCCACAUGUACCGCACUAAGGGGGUUCCUUGAGUUCCUUUCAACCAGACUCAAUGCAGCAGGUGUGAACGCCACCUGAAAAUACUUUCUGUAGUUUGUUUCAGCUAACUUAGGUGCAGAUGGGAAGGAUUUACCACACAGGAAAAUACGACAAGCACCAGACGGUUUCCAAUCAUUUCAGGAAACUGUUCAAACUGUACGCACUUUUCUAAGACUGACAACUUACCUAACAUUUGGAACCUCACAAAACCCAGUCUGGUGCUCCAAGCGGCUCUACGCAAAUGCUAAAGAUUAUUUGCAAACACUGUCUGACCCAGGUCUGCCACCUGACUGCUUUUGUUCUGUGCCAAUGCAAAAAGUAACAUCUGUAUUUGUCGUUGUGUUGUUUAGCUUGUUUAACUCUCCCCGGAAACUGGAGUCACAGAUGGGGAGGGAGGUUAUAUUUUUAAUACCUGUCAAAAAGUGUGCUAGAAUUGAUAUUGAGGAUCUUUUUCAAUAUUAGCGACAACAGCAGACGUCUUUGUUGUAAAUUCCUGUAAAAAAAAAAAAAAAAAAACUCCUAGGCAAUAAUAAUUAUAUCUAGAACACUCGGAUAGUCAUUGUGAAGUUACAGAGCCCAGUUUCAGAAAAGCAUCUGCAGCAUCUUGGCUCAUUAAUUUACAGUGGAUCAAAGAUGAUCCAGGGGCUUAGAUGCUUUUCGGGAGCCAGCCAGCAGUGAGGCUUGGUUUAAACCUCUGCAGUUUGCAUGAUAAGUCCAUGUCUGACGAAAAACAUGAAAACCCAACACACACUAAGGUCAUUUUUAGGACAUUAUGGUCAUUUCACAAACUUCUCCCAAGAUCAGGUUCACUUAUUUAUCACUUGUUGAUGCUAUUUAGAUUUUUUUCCAAUCCUUAAUUAAUGGGUCAGAAUCAAGCAGCCACUUGUUAUUCAGUGCUGUGCUCUGAUUUUAAAUCUUAUCUUAAAAGACAGCUGAGCAAGAUUGGCUCUAAUACUGUGUUCAAAUCAUAAUCAUACUUAAUUAGACUUAAAUAUAAGCUGACAACUGAGAAAACACACAUCAGCCUCAGAGUGGGAAUAACAAGUGCAGCAGGAUAUGGGGGUUUUCUGUAGGCUGUGAUGCCGCCCACUUGGCAUCGUGUACUGACACAAAAGUUUAUCAGCAUAGGCCGAACACACAUUCACCAAGCAGCAGUCCAAGGUAAUACAUAUUAAAAAUUAUAUAAUUAUUAUUUAUUCAGGGCAAUCAACUUUACUUUUGAAAAGUGAGCAAUAUCGGUCACAGUUUUUUAUGGUUGAGUUUAAAUACAUCACAGUUAUUUGAGACAUUAAAUAUGAAUGUUUCCAGGUUGUAGCAAGGAGAUGUCUUCCUGUUGUUUCACUUCUUUCAAUAAGAAGUAAAUACAGCAUAAAUACACUAUUACUUUUAACACCACAGUCUCUCAGCUUGUAUACUUAAAAGGUCAAAGAAAAGGAAGGAAUCAACAAAAGAAAAAAAAUUCCAGGGCGAUAGAAAAAUCGAUGAAAUUUGCCGACACUGGAACAAAUCACAGCAGCUGCAGCUGUUGGUGCUGCUCAUGAGCGUCCAAUCGGCUCCCUCUUAGAAACGACAACAGGUUCUGUCACAUAGUCAACACACGCACUCACACACAGACUUCUCAUUGGCCAGCUGAACAUGUGUACUCCACAACCAGACAGAGGUGAAAGUGAGCUCUGUGCAGCUCUAGCAGCAUGGACGAUGCAGAGAUGUGAACCAGGCCUCAGCUGGCGGCGUGGCGGCUUGUGAGCUGAGCAGCGGCGCUUCUCAACCUCAUCAGUGCACAGGCAAACUGGCAAAACAGCAAGGUGACACCAAUUUAUGUUUAUAAUCACACCAGAGUGACAAGAAGUGCGGUGAGCUGCUGGCUGUGGCACAGUUUGAAUGAAUUUGGAGGGGAAAAUAUAUUUAUUGAAUUGAUUUUCUCUCAACAAAAACGCAGCAGAUAUUGAAAUGUGAAGAUGCGUCUGAGUUGGCCUCACAACAUGCCUUGGCACAGCUGGGUGGAUUCAGAAUGUAAUCUACUAUAGUCCCCCCACCCCCACCCACCACCACCAAUCCACCAGAUAAUGGCUGAUUCAGUGCUUUAAAUUCUAAUCAGUGAUCUGCUGGACCACUCCAAAGCAGUUACACAAUCUAAUGCUAUUUAUUCUGAUUCCUAAUCAUUGUCCAAUACAUUCUGAUUUACAGGGAAACCUGUGCCAAUAAAAGUCAUUGCUUGCACAAAAUAGUAAAGUUAAAAUACAGUUUAUCACAAUUUAACUUGGCUGACAGAAUCAUUUACAGCCUCUCUGUAUUUUAGAAAUGCUGCAUAAUACAUUUUUUUUUUGUUCCCAAUCAUCCAUAAUUUCACAAACCAAACAUUUUCUUGCCCUUGAAAGAAACUGUUUCUAUGUAAUCGACCAGGCAAGCACUUUUUUUUAAGUGUUUGCACUCCUUUGAUUAACUUGGUAACUUGCCUUGCCUUGACCACACUUUACAGUACAGUGCACAUGCAUGUAGGUUUCUCUACAGGUGAUCCUAUGAUUAAAGCAUAUUACCAUGAAACUGACCAGGCGGCGUUACCGACUAUAAUAUUACUGACAACAGUUUUGUAACUUUGCAAAAAUGGAGUAAAAUACCAUUCAGUUUAGUAAGAAGAGAAAUAGUCCUUGAGAGGCAUGUGGUGUGAUCAGUGGGUAACAGAUUACAAGGUCUGUUUUUUUGUAAUCUGAUAGCUGUAAUCCCAUCAUCAUCCACGACGCAGGCCUGCUCACUGUUUGGGUUGAGAACCACCGCUGGUCAAUGUGACGAGUACAGCGUGUUUUUGUGCAAAGAUGGCUAGAGAGCUGCUUCUUUCUGCUUUACAACAUUCCUCCUCUCCACAUCCUCUGCCGAUACGUUACUGUUCACACUGUUUGAGUUUCAACCUUUUUUGUUUGUUGGUUUGUUUGUUUGUUUCAACCCUGUCUCUCAUUCUCUCCCUGUUCCUCCACAGUGCAGUUCACACAUUCACCAGUAGAUGAUGCAGGUGUAUUAUUUGUACAGUAACUCCACUGCUGGACUACCUCUGUGCUGUCAUGUUGACAGAGGAUGUUUGUCCAUUCUUUGUUUUCUCCUUGCAGAUGUUUCACAGUAGUCUUAAUAUCCGAUUUACAGUCUAGACGUAGCAUUGCCACUAACUCUUUAGUAAUAUUUUUGAUUGUCGUCGAUGAUAAUCUAUAAAAUUUGUAGCACUUUUCCUUCCUGUAAAGUUUAAGAAUAGAUUUCCCAUGGUGCAACUCUCCCCAACAUGGCUCCAGACUGCCUUUCAUUUCUGUCUGUCUGACUCUGACUCUGAAUUCCAGUCGGAGAGCAGGCGCUUGGGAAGGGGAAUUCAUAGGGAAGAUGAAACAUUUUCACUGGGCUGAUGCAUCUUUGAGAUUAUGAAAAACACGUUUUCUUUCCAAAGUCCUCCAAUGCACCAUUGCAAAAACUGUUAUUUUCCAGUGCCAAGAGCCGUUCCCUGGCCGAUAUGAACCCAUGCAGCAUUUAGGGAACUGGAGUUUAGCUGAGAUCUUUCUGAAGAAAAGUGUAGUUCCACCAGGGAUUCCUCAUAGUAUCUGGUGAAGAACAUGAUGACCUUGGGGUUGCAGCAUGUUUGGCUCAAAAAUAUUGAUGAACAAUCCAACUAUUUGUCAUUUAUCAAUGCAGAAAAUAUUUUCAGCUUCAGGCAUGCACACACACACACACACACACACAUACACACACAGGCCUGGCCUUGGUUAAAGAUCCCAUAUUCAGUUUUCAUAUUUUUUUGUUAUCAAAUCUUCUCUGGCUCAGGACAAGAAUAAUGCUCUUCAUUAUGUUCUGCAAAUACAUGUAGCUCAGUUAAAAGUUGAAUUUGUUCAGUGACUGUGCAGACCAAGUCCUCACCACUCUGACUGGCCGACAGCAGCGGCUCCUCUCAUUCAGACGAGGCGAACCUGCUGGGUGAAGGCUUUCCAGUUGAAAUGCCGCAAAAUGGCCUUAUUGGGCAGAUUUCUGGAGUCCAGCUGUGAUGCGUUUCCUGGAGUAGCCUGGAGUUGGAGAAAUAAGGCGAAUUUUUUGAAAAUGCAAUACUUUCAACCAUUCAAGUCACAUCAAAUUAUAAUACUGUCCUUGUAGAACACCUGAUCAUACAUGUAAAUAAAUAAGAGGAAAAUCUGAAUUCCUGUAAUAUGGGACCUUUAAAUUUUCAAGCCUGAGUUAACUCUACUCUCCAUGAGUCACAUUGCUAUUCACAUGAUUCAGGCCUUGGAGUCAAGUUAAAUAAAUGCUAAUAAUAAAUAAAUCAAGACUAUCUGUUCAUGUCCCUGCUUUGAGUUGAACCCAGGAGCAAUAAAAAUGAUAAACCAUCGUAGUAUUUUGAUGUAAAUAGCUUUGACGGACUGAUUUUAUUAAUCCUUAUACUGAUUUACAACUUAUUGUUAUUAUUAGUAUUAUUAAUGCUAUUAUUACUAUGAUUGCUGUACCACUAACACUUCUUUGUACCUUUGACCCGGAUGGGUCACAGCAUUUUAAAGCAUGUUUAUUUUGAGAUGGAGCGGGCGUUUCCCCAGACGUUUGAUGUGGUGUUGUGGAGCUGAAUUUGCUCUCGGCGGUGUGGUGCUGUGGCAGCGAGGAGGCAGGAGGUGAGCUUCUGAGGGAAGGCGGCGUAGUCAGCCGGUAAUGAGGCCGAUAGAUGGGCAUACUCCAGAGGUCAGCCAGUUGAUUAGGGACAAUUUGAGCUUUUUUUUUUUUUAAUUAUCUCUUAUUAAUCAGCGGAUAUGAGCAGCGGUCACGCUCUGACACUUCCUCUCCACCACGAGCCAUCAAGGCCUGAGAGGCUGCAGGUUUUCACUCCAGCUCAUCUCACUGAUUAGCCACUCUUUUGCUUGUUUUUGAGUGUGCAAAUCAGUGAAAUGCUGCUGUAGUGUUUUGUUGGGGCGAAAACCCGCAGCCUCUUGAAUCUUGGGGUCCAUCACAUGCACAAGGAAGCUUCCUAGUUUGGUGACAGUCUUCGGGAAUGCGGCCAUUUAGGACUGUCUAGGUACAGCAGGGAGCAUAGGACACAUUAGCUUCUUUGAGUUGGCAAAGUUUUAAAGAAACACCAGGUGGUUCUUUGCUGCAUACGAUAUCCCGUAAGACCAAAAAUCCUCAUAUCUGGUUAUUUUAUUGGUGGACAAAAGCGUCACUUGGCAAGGCAAGUUUUGAAUGAAAAGGUUUUUUUUUAGAUGCAAGUGCAUGAGACCUGUGGCAUGUUUUAACUGAAAUGUAUCCAAAGGUGAGUGAGUUAUGUUAGUAAAGCCCAGUUACUUGGCCUUUCACCGCCUGAUGUCUUCUUGUUGUUGCUUGUUCCGUAACGUAACUUGCCUGGCAUAGCUGCUAGUCAUCCCACUGGAAGUAAUCGGACUCCAUAUUAGCUAGCUUGCCAUAAGGUAGCUAGAGUUAUGAGUACCUCCAGCACACUGACAGGCUUAGAUAAAAUUAAUUUUUUUUGGUUACCAUGGAAUGGAAAUACUCAAUUCUGAUUGGUCAGUCAUGGCAUUCUGUGGUGUGAUAUUUCUGAGCAAUGUCCGUCCUCAUGAAUAACUGUUGCUAUGGACGGAGACAAAGCAGGUUUGUUAUAUCACACCAGGCUGAAAGUCUGCUCCAUUUACAACCAAUUAAUCAGGCUAGAUAGCGACCCCUGCUGGAGCAAAGAAGCCAUUACAACAUAAAAAUCUCUGCUUACUUGGGCAACAUCUGAUUCAUGGUUGGAGGCUGAGCUAUGACCAGAAUAGAAACGAAAACCAGAGGAAACAACAAGGAGGAAUGUAGACUAAAAUGUGCAGUAGGUGUGUUUAAUAAAAUCUUUCAAAAUUCACAUUUUGUGUCAAAUUGUUGCUUUCUUUCAUAAGCAGCCUGGUCAUUACUGCAAAAGAAACCCGUUCAGGACAAUACCAGAUCUGAUCACCCUGUCAGGGUUUAUUUUGCGAUAAUGACCGCCUGGCUGGACAUUAGCCCUUUUACUGUACGUAACCCUGUAGACAAAAUAGGUGACUAAUAACAAAUGUCCUUUUCUAGUUGUCAAGGUGAUAGGAAGCUUCCUUGUAAAUGAGUCAGCUCCCUGAUGUCGUUUGUUUGAGAACCACUGGUGUGUUUGGGAGCUGCGAUGUAACCACAUGAGUUUUUCUUUAAUAAUGAGACUUGGUAAAUCUUUACAGGCGACUGGCAGUGAACCUGUGCCUCCCCUCUGCCACCCCACUGCCUCUCUGUGUGUGACACUGAGCUGAGACUCUCCUAACCCUGCAUCUUUAACUGUGGCUGAGCUCCUUUCUGCCCAAUUCUAAUGUCCUGCCGCCUCCUCCGACCCUGAAACAGCUCCCGGUAGUGUCUAUUACUCUCUCCCUUCCGCACUACAAGGACAAAAAUACUACUACUCUAAUAUUACAAGUACAACUACUACUACUACAAUCCCCCCCCCCCCCCCCCCACCCCAUCACGCCCUAAAGCAAGGCUUAGCCGUUCCUUUUUGACUCCCUUCUUUCUCUCUAAGACUUUUCUUUCUCUUUUCUCAUUUUGUACUUUGUUUUUCAUUUUCCUCCUUCUCCUCCUUUUUUCCGUCCGCUUCUCACACGCUCUCUUUUUUGAAAUAAGCACAAGAUCUUUUGUGACAUGCUAAAGUGCUGAUGUACUGUAUGUUAAUAAAAGACUUCAAAAAACC